UUCAAUUCUCAGAAAUCAGUUCGGUUAUCUAUGCAGAAAUCUCAGAUAACUGAAUGGAGUAAUUUUACUUAAAACGUGUAUUUAAUAUUUAAUAAUAUUCUUGAUUAAACAGCCAUUAAUGUUAAAUUAAAAAAAAACUCUAUAUGUAAAUAUGCGGUUUGUGUAGGUAGAUUUUGUUUUAUUCUUUCACUGGUACUUAUGCAAACAAUUGGGAGAGUGGAAAAGCUUGGAAUUAAUAUCGGUUCCCAUCGGUGCCCCUCAAAAGGGUAUUUCAAUUUUUAUUUAAUACUGUUGAAGUAUUCUUUCGAUUGUUACCGUGUGGCAACCAACACUUCAGGAACAAAAUAUGAGCGAUACAUCUGACGAAUAUCAAAAUCAAACACAUCUUUCAAACAGUCUGGAAGAAGAAAAUGUUGUUAAAACAAAUGGAACAAGUGCUAGAUGUCCAUUCACAAAAUCUAUUGAGGAGGUAACUAAAUUUCAUAUCCUAGACGAAACCAGUGAGAAAUAUGUAUCCGAUGACUCUGUCGAGUACGAUUCCGACAUCCCCGAUGAAGAAGUCGAGAAAAUGCUGGAAGAAGCUUUGGAGAGGAAGAAAAGAAAAGCCACCGAAGCAGGACUGGAUGCUGAAAACAUACAGAUACCUUUUGAAGAGAAAACUAAAAUUGUUAUGAUAGAAAAGGCACAGAAUCACUUUGAUGUCCUUCCCGAAGGAUGGCUACAAGUAACCCACAAUAGUGGUAUGCCCAUUUAUCUCCAUAAGGCUUCAAGAGUUUGUACAUUAUCUAGACCAUAUUUUCUUGGACCAGGAUCAGCAAGAAAGCAUUUAAUUCCUGUAAAUGCUAUACCAUGUCUAAAUUACCGCCGUGCUUUAAUCGAAGAGGAAAAACAAAAAACAAAUGCAAAUUUAUCCGAAGACAGAAAUAGUUUAUCUGAAAACUUACCUAAUGCUAGAAUAGAAACUGUACAGGAGAAUAUUGAAUUGCAAAGUCUCACUCCUGCAGCUUUGAGAGAAUAUUGUGAGGUGCUAUUUGAAUUUCAGACGAUAAAUGUAUUGAGAUUUAAGUCCUGGUCGGAAAGAAGGAAAUUUGCCAAGAAACGUAGACAUGAAAAGCAGCUAGAGAGGCCUACUCUACCAGAUGGUACAAAAUUAAUAACGUUUCCUAUUAAAAAUAUAGAUGGUAAUGAUAAAACUAGUCCAAGUUCGAAAAAAGAGUGGAUAAUGAAUCCAAAUGGAAAGUCAUACGUUUGCAUUCUGCAUGAGUAUGUUCAGCAUGCUCUUAAAAAACAACCUACUUAUGUUUUUACAGAACUUGAAAAUGCCGCAACACCUUACGCUGCAACAGUAGUUAUAAAAGAUAUGAAGUAUGGAGUGGGUUAUGGCACAAGUAAAAAGCAAGCUAAGUCAGAGGCGGCGAGGUCUACAUUAGAAAUUCUUAUACCGGAAAUGAAGUCCAAAAUUACUGCUGACGGUCAAACAGGGAGCGCAAAAAAAGACAAGGACCAAGACCUCUCAUUUUUUGACGAGGUCCGUGUAGAAGACCCCAGAGUGGCGGAAUUUUGUGCUAAAACAACCGAACCCGCACCUUACGACAUCCUAUUGACGUGUUUACAACGAAACUUCGGAUUAGACGAUCUAAAAAUACAUUAUCAGGGAAACAACUCGAAACACCAAGGCAAUUCGUUUACCAUGACCGUAGGCAAGUACACGACAACAGUGGCGUGCAAGAAUAAGCGCGAUGGAAAGCAACGAGCGUCUCAGUCGAUACUUCAGGCGUUACAUCCCAGCAUAACCUCUUGGGGAUCUCUGUUACGACUGUAUGGCAACAGAUCGAUAAAAAGUUUUAAAGAGAAAAAACUGGAAGAACAAGAAAUCACUUCUCUACAAAGUAAAGCCGCAAUAAACCAACCGAAUUACGCGAUUUUAAAUAAACUGAAAGUGGAAUUGGGAAAACUAAAUGAGAAAAGGAAAUCUAUUCAACCUAUAGGCGUGUUAGAUACUGUCGAAAAUGGAAUAGAUGCGCCUAAUAAAUUUAAUGGGUUUCGAGAAUUUGAUAACAUUUGAAAUAAUGUUUGUUGUUUGAUACUUUUUUUCGUUUCUAUUUGUAUAUUUGAAUUAGAUCAGCUCCUAUUUAUAAAUUGGUUAUACUCGCCAGGUCAUUUUAAAUCAGUGGUCUUUAUUUUAAACUGUCGUUCUAGAGAUAGAAACAAAUAGAGACGCAAAGAAAUGGCAGGGUUUCAGUUCCUACGCGUCUUAGGACUACGCAGGUCUACGCGUUAAAGGUAUAGAUUGUUUGACGGUUGUUUGACUUUACGUCAUCAUUCUUUAUCAAAUGUGAGUUUUGGGGUAUGUGAGAUAAGUUUAUAUUAUUUAAAACAUUUUUGUUCUGAAUUUAUUAAUCGAACGUGUUCCGUUUAUAUUAAUUUUAAGUAUAUUUCAUGUCAAUUAAACUUUUAGUUACGUAAUUGAGGGCGCGAUUUUUAAAUACAUUGUUGUCAACCAUGGACGUAUUCGGCGCCGGCGCCGACGCCGUGCUGGCUAACUGCAAUUUAAAUUUCAGGCUGGGGAUUCAGGUGGUAGCUCUGCUGUAAAAAAUGUCAAGUUGUCGCAUUUCUUUAUUUCCUGACAUGGUCAUUCGUUUUGACACUUUAGU